GAUCUUACAGAUCACACUCACAGCAUCAAGGACUCUGGUUUCAGUUUCCCCAGUGCCUACGAGAAGCUGUGCUAGUAGACGCUCUGAAUCUUGGCGCGCCCAAUUCAAAGUGUUUAAAAACGUUACCAUGUGUAAAUACUUACCUGCAGUGAUGGCACUGAUCUUUUUUACAUACCGUGUUGGUGGAAAUUCUGACGAUCCUCUGAGCAAAUGUCUCCAAGACAGCGAUUAUGAUGAGCUGCUGAGGAUAACAAAAGAAGGUCUGCCUCCAACCCAGUCUCCUAAACAUGUCAUUAUUGUUGGAGGAGGUGCUGCUGGACUUACUGCUGCAAAGUUUCUGGAGGAUGCUGGACACAAGGUGACGAUUAUUGAGGCAAGUAAUCGAAUAGGUGGAAGAAUUCUAACACACAGAGAGAAAAGAGCGGGCUGUUAUGCAGAACUUGGUGCCAUGAGGAUCCCAAGUUUCCACAGGAUUCUUUUGACAUUUGCAAAAAAGUUAGGCGUGAAGAAGGGAGAAUUUGUACAGGAAGACAAUAACACUUACUAUUUUAUAAAUGGCUUGCGUUACAAAACCUACACCGUACGGCAGAAUCCAGAUGUUCUGAACUACCCUGUAAGUGAGCAGGAAAAGGGAAAAAAUGCCAGUCAACUGUUUAACAUUGCAUUAAAUAAGUUAAGAGAUGAUCUGCAGAAAAUGGGCUGUAAGAAAAUGCUGCAUACAUAUGAUUCAUACUCUCUUAAGGAAUAUUUAGUAAAUGUAGGAAAUUUAAGUGGAGGAGCUUUGCGAAUGAUUGGAGAUAUCCUCAAUGAAAACAGUUUCUUCUACACAGCCCUCACUGAAAUGCUAUACAUUCAUGCUGACAUAAAUGACAAUACAACAUAUUAUGAAUUCAAAGGUGGCUUUGAUUCAUUCCCCAACGCAUUCUAUACUGUGUUAAAUGCCACAAUUUUUCUGAACUCAAAAGUCCAGGCCAUCAGCCAAACAGAAAACAAUGUGAUGGUUUCAUAUCAAGACUGGCGUAACCCCUCCGCUCUGACCAACAUUACUGCCGAUUAUGUCUUAAUGACGACCACAGCCAAAGCAACACUCUUCAUAGAUUUUAACCCCCCUCUGACAGCUAUGAAGAUGGAAGCGUUACGAUCACUCCACUAUUCCACAUCAACAAAGGUGGUGCUAAGUUUCAGCAAAAGAUUCUGGGAGGAUGAUGGCAUCAAGGGUGGCAAAAGCAUCACAGAUCUACCAUCACGGUUCAUCCACUACCCCAGUCAUAGCUUCCCCGGCAUAUCAGGGGGGCCCAUAUUAGCUUCUUACACUUCCUCUGAUGAUGCUGCGCUCCUUCAGACUUUACCAGACGAUGAACUGAAAGCCUUGGUGUUGAAUGACUUGGUGAAGAUCCAUGGAGAACAUAUCCGCCAUCUCUGCACAGGGGGCACAGUGAAAAAGUGGGGAUUGGACCCUUACAGUCAUGGUGCCUUCGCUAUCUUCACUCCAUUUCAGAUGAUAGACUAUGAAAGUCUUCUAGUCCAGCCUGAAGGGAGGAUUUACUUUGCAGGAGAGCACACGGGCAGACCCCAUGGCUGGAUUGAGACUGCCAUAAAAUCAGGCCUGCGAGCUGCAAGAGAUAUAAAUAGCAUAAAGUAGAAAACAAAUGAAAGUAAUAUUAUAAAUUACAUUCAGUACUGUUGCGAGUUUAUGGAGAUUUGAUCUUUAUUUGAAAUGUUUUUCAUUAACUUUAACAUUCUGAAAUGUAAAUGAAGACUAUUGCACAAAUAGCAAAAAAUAAUUAAUAUCAUAUGUUUUUUAAAAUCUAAUCUUCUAUUAAUCUGUUAAUAUAGGCCUAUAGUGUUUAUGCAACUUCAUUAUAAAAGUUACGAUUGUGUUUCAAAUGAAUAAAUUUAUAAAAAAGAGUAUCAAAAAUAAUUUAAAUAAAUGUAAAAAUAUAUUUUCAUUUCAUUUUCAUGUAUUGUCAUUUUCGUUUUAAUAACAGCCUCUUUAAAAUACAGUGCCAGCAACUGAAAUUAAACGUUGGUAGUUGCUAUGUUAUUUUGUAUGUAAUAUAGAAAAUAAAAAUAUUUUUUGU